ACAUUUUUUUCUCAUUCGCGUGAUCGAGUAGGCGUUUCUCGUAUCUCGGAUUAUCCGAUAUCCCUCCUAUGUCGCUCGAACGAUUACCCUUAUAAUAUUAACUUCUUUAUUCGUGGAAACAAAUAUGUGCUUGUGUUGGAUUACACCGGCGAGACGUGCCAAGUGUAUUGGAGUAAGAACUAACCUAAAACCGUCACUUACCAAUAGCUCGUAGGUCUCUACAAAUAUUGAAGGAAAAAAAACAAAAAUAAAAAAAUUCGUGAGAAUCCGGAGUGAAAGAAAAUUAGUGAAAGUUGUCGUUUGUGAGUGAUUGAAAGAUGAAUCGUGGGUGUUUUUUCAUCGGCACGCGUUCGAACGCUUGCAAGAUUUGUCGCUAAGUUGAACGACAAGUGUCGCAACGCGAUGGCUCACAAUUCAUUAUUAUUCGCGUUCAACUCUUUCGAACGCACUUCUCACUGAAGCUAUAUUACAUCGACAGAUCCCAUGGACGGUCGACCAAGGACAUCUUACGAUGUCCUGGAAUAAGUCAUCCUCACUCUCUGUCCAAUUAUUCGCAUAAGCAAUACACACAAAAAUGGAGUCAAUUUUAAACUAGUGUUAGAAUUUGAGGAGUGCCGCAGUUGCAAUAAUCGGAGGAUACAAUUGCAAUGGAUCUACAAUCUGCCAAGAAUAUUUCAGAGAUUGUAUCGUAAGAACAAUGUUGGCAAGUGGGGAUAGCUGGGAUACGAUUGUAUAAAAAAAACCUGCACACACUUUUUCACUUGCACGCAGUCAGAGAAACAGGAAAAAGCAAAAAUGCAAGCGAAAAAACGUUAUUUACUGUUAUUCGUGACGUGCGCGUUUCUUGGCUAUUGUUAUUUUGGUGGUUAUAGAUUAAAAAGCAAUAAAGCUCACGAAAAGAAAGCAUUGCCUCACGAACGAUUGCCUCCGUUUAUGAGUAUGACCGAAGAGUUCUAUGACAAGGAUCUUAGGACGUCGAAUCGUCAUCGUAUCGUGAGUGAUCCGCGGCGUGAGUGCAGAAUGGAAACUUGUUUCGACUCAACGAGAUGCAAACAAGGAUUCACUGUUUACGUAUAUCCGGUCGAGGACACGAUAAGUCCUCUUUACCAAAAAAUCCUCAACGUUAUUACGGAGUCUCGUUAUUAUACGAGCGAUCCAACGAGGGCGUGUAUCUUUGUUUUGGCCCUUGACACCCUCGAUCGUGAUCCCUUAUCAGCAGAGUUCGUCCACAAUUUACCCGCGAAAUUAUCGCGCUUGCAACACUGGAACAACGGUAAAAAUCAUCUCGUGUUCAAUCUCUAUUCCGGCACGUGGCCCGAUUACGCCGAAGAAGCUCUGGCCUUCGACCUCGGUUACGCCAUCCUCGCCAAAGCCAGCAUGUCAAUAUUUCAUCUUAGAUCCAAUUUCGACGUUUCCAUUCCUCUCUUUGGCAAACAACAUCCCGAACGCGGUGGCGAACCGGGACAAGCACAGGAAAAUACUUUUCCCAACAACAAAAAAUACGUUGCUGCUUUCAAGGGCAAACGUUACGUCCAUGGUAUCGGAUCCGAAACUCGAAAUGCCCUGUAUCAUUUACACAAUGGCAAGGAUCUCGUUUUCGUCACCACUUGCCGUCAUGGCAAAGCCUGGAGAGAAUUUCAGGACGAACACUGCACUCAGGACAAUCAGGAAUACGACACGUACGAUUAUGAGAUAUUGCUGAUGAAUUCGACGUUUUGUCUCGUACCACGUGGACGGAGAUUAGGUAGUUUUAGAUUUUUGGAGGCUCUCAGAGCGGGAUGCAUUCCAGUAAUAUUGAGCAACGGAUGGGCACUUCCGUUUCACGAAAAAAUCGAUUGGAAGCAGGCUGUAAUAUUCACGGACGAGAGAUUGUUGCUGCAGAUUCCUGACAUCGUUAGAUCCGUUUCGAACACGAAGAUUCUCAAGCUUCGUCAGCAAACGCAAUUUCUUUGGGAGCGAUACUUUUCGUCGAUUGAAAAGAUCAUAUUCACGACUUUUGAGAGUUUGCGCGAACGUCUUUCGUGGGAAGGAACAAGAGACGGACUCGUUUGGAACAUGAGCCCUGGGGCGCUGGCUAUUUUGCCACAAUUCUCCGAUAGCCAACAAGAAUUACCAUUCACGACUAAAGAUCCGGGCAAUACGUUUACUGCCAUCAUUUAUUCACAGUUGGGAUCGACGGCUGUUCUCUACCGGCUGUUACGCAGCCUCUCCAAAAGCAAAUAUUUAGACAAGAUAAUUCUUAUGUGGAAUUCCGACCUUCCGCUGCCGAGAAGACCGCGGUGGCAGGGAAUAAAGGCAACUAUUCACGUCGUCGCUGUAACAGGAAUUUCUCAACGCUUUUAUCCACACCCUCUCAUCAAAACAAGUGCCAUAUUGUCUUUGGACGAAGAUGCUACUCUAAACACCGAUGAAAUCGACUUCGCUUUCGUCGUUUGGCGAUCUUUUCCCGAUCGAAUCGUCGGUUAUCCCGCCAGAUCUCAUUACUGGGACGACUCAAAGCGUUCCUGGGGCUACACGAGCAAAUGGACAAACGAUUACAGCAUAGUUCUCACGGGGGCAGCCUUUUAUCACCGUUAUUAUAAUACAUUGUACACGGAAUUAUUGAGCUCGACGCUGCACAAGACGGUGGAGCAAUCGCAGAAUUGCGAGGACAUUUUGAUGAAUUUUUUGGUCAGUCAUGUGACGCGACGUCCACCGAUCAAGGUUACGCAGCGUAAACUCUACAAAGAAUCCGCAGGGACUGGUAUCAGAUCACCGUGGAACGACCCGGAUCACUUUAUACAGCGGCAAAGCUGCAUGAACACUUUCGUCGCUGUAUUCGGUUACAUGCCCCUUCUCAGAUCCAACAUGAGGCUCGAUCCAGUACUCUUCAAAGAUUCCGUCAGCAAUCUUCGCAAAAAGUAUAGGCAAAUUGAGUUAGUUAAUAAUUAGAAUUGUAUAAAGCAAGAGAGAGAGAGAAUGGGAGAGAGAAUGAGAGAGACAGAGAGAAAGAGAGGGAGAGCGAGGGAGAAAAGGAUGAGGGAGAAAUAAAACGUAAAAAAAUGGCACGUACUCUCGGUUUUUCAACACGUAAUAAUUUAUAUACAAACGAACCGAGUGUUUUCUGGGCUGUCUAAGAUCGAACUGAGAAUGUCGUGCACGAUAUUUACGUGUAUUUGAAAAAAAAAAAACGAAACAUAUGAAACAAAGUGAAAUCAAAAUCCUAUCUUUUCAUCGGUGUGUCGUCCUCCACCCUUCCGUUCGUCCACGUAGCCACUCCGUGAUAUAAUUCUAUCAUUCAUAAUCAUUCCGUCUUUGAAUUCUCAUACAACCUUUCGUACAAAGUCGUUUUUUUCUUCUUUCAUUAUUCCUUUUCUUUUUCUUAGCGCUUUUAUCGCGCUUAUUGUUUUCAGCGACAUUCAUUUCGGUUCGCGUCAUGCCAAUAAAUCAACGUUUCUACGUCGCAUUAUUGUACAUAACAAUCGUUUCAUAGAUAUUAUUAAUAAAAAAUACGAUUAUUUAA